AGAGGCAGGAAAAAGGUAUAGCAGAUCGAAAUCUCUAUCUCCCUCGGCUGAUCUGCCAGGAAGAAGUGGAGGAAGAAACUAAUGUGAUAUCAGGAAGUAGGGAAAAGUAUGACAGAUCCAAAUCUCUGUCUCCAUCAGUUGAUCUUUCGGAAGAUGAAGAGGAAGAAGACAAUGUGAAAUCUAAAGUUAAGCAAAAGUAUGGCAGAUCCAAAUCUUUGUCACCAUCUGGUGAUCUGGAAGAUGGAGAAGAAGAAGACACUGAGAAACCAAUAGGGCGUGAAAGAUAUCACAGAUCAGUCUCUAGGUCUCCUGCUGGUCAGGAGGAAGAAGAAGAGGAAGAACAACAGAGGAUGAAGUCAACAGACAUCGAUGUCAGGACAUUGCCUGGGGUUCCAGUAGCCACCUCAGGUGGUGAGGCUACAAAUGAUAGUGACUUUGAUGCAUCGUCGGUGAACACAUCGCUGCAGCUGGAGAUGGAGGAUACGGAGGUCACGCCUCGAGGUGCCAGACAUGCGUCAGUGAUGACUGGGAGUCUGUGGAAAGGAAAGAAGAUAUCAGCACUGACAAAACGAGGAAUGACGUCUCGUAAACUCGUAAAGACUACACGGUCAAGAGAAGAAGAUACGCCAGGCUUUGUUUCCACAUCUCCAUCACCUGCCAAGAAGAAGACUCAGACCAAAGACCAAAGAAAACCAUCAACUUCACAAGCGUCUCGCAAGUCUCGCCCUGUGAAAAGGAAGAAGGCAUCAAGACAGAACAUGGACGAUGAUGACGAGGAGGAGGAAAGGUCACGAGGUCGGUCGGUGUCGGUGUGGAGCACGUAUGACCUGCCACGGAAAGGGAAGGACGUCAUGGAUCUGGACAUUGUCCUGGAGUGUGUGCGCACCACGGAGCGAGAUAUGUUGGCUGAUGCUGACUCCCGAACUUGUGACAAGGCCACACAGAAAGUGGCUGCUUACAUCAGGAAAGAAGUCCAUAAGUCAAUAUCACUUGCUCAGCAGAUAAAACAGAGGCAGAGGCAGAGUAAAAAGGCUCAAACAAGAGUGAAGAACAUGCGUGUCGACCUGCAAGAAAAACAAAAAGACAAACUCAAACUGACCUCCAGGCUGAAGAAACUGCAAGCUGCCAGUGGAAUAGAUGAGGAUCUGAUCAACAUCAACAGCUGGCUGGAUGACUCGGAGAAACUCAUGAGGGAAUGGGACAAGUCCAAGGCUGGACAGGCUAAACCUCAGAAGUACAAGUGGAUCGGGGAGCUGUCGGAGGAGAUGAAGAAUCUGUGCUAACACAAACUUAAUGUAUAUAACUUUGUGUAAAUUAUUCAUGAUUGACCAAAUAAAACACUAAUUGCUUA